AUGGAUGCUCGGGUGACAGCGUUGGCAGCGGUGGCACUGCUCGCUCUGGCCGACGCCGCGCUGCCGAAGCCGGCACGGGCCCCUCCGGUUCUGCACAAGCCCUUCGUGGUUGUUUGGAACGCGCCCACCGAGCAGUGCCGGCUGCGCUACAGGGUGGACCUGGAUCUCGGUGUUUUUGACAUUGCAUCCAACAUCAAUGAGACUCUGAGUGGAUCCAAUGUGACAAUCUUCUAUCACACCCAUUUGGGACACUACCCCUACUACUCAGAUAAUGGAGAUCCCGUUAAUGGAGGGGUGCCCCAGAACGAAAGUCUUAUCAAACACCUUAGCAAAGCAAAGUCUGACAUUGACUAUUGCAUACCCAUGAAGAAAUUUCAGGGACUUGCAGUCAUUGAUUGGGAAAACUGGAGGCCCCAGUGGGAUAGGAACUGGGGCAAUAAAAGCAUUUAUAGAAAUAAAUCUCUGGAGAUUGUUAGGAGACGGCAUCCUCGGUGGUCAGAGGACAAAAUUAGGAAAGUGGCUAAAGAGGAAUUUGAAAACGCUGGCAGGAGUUUUAUGAAUAACACCAUCCUUCUGGCUGAGCAUAUGAGACCAGACGGUUUGUGGGGUUACUAUCUUUACCCAGACUGCUACAAUUACGAUUACAAAGAACACCCCCAAACAUACACAGGGAAAUGCCCACCCAUCGAGUCUUUCCGCAACGACCUCCUGCUUUGGCUGUGGAAGGAAAGCACUGCUCUCUACCCUUCUAUAUACCUGGAUUAUAUUCUGAAGUCAAGUCCAAAUGCACUAAAAUUUGUUCACUAUCGGGUUAAAGAGGCAAUACGUAUUGCCUCAAUUGCUAGAAAUGACUAUGUUUUGCCUGUAUUUGUUUACUCCAGACCAUUUUAUGCCUAUACUUUUCAUGUUUUAACAGAGAGGGAUCUGGUCAGUACCAUCGGGGAAAGCGCGGCUUUGGGAGCAGCUGGAGUUGUUCUCUGGGGCAGUAUGCAGUACGCCAGCUCAAAGGAGAGCUGCUUAACGGUGAAGCGGUACAUUGAUGGACCUUUGGGACAUUACGUCAUUAAUGUGACCUCAGCAGCCAAGCUCUGCAGCAAAGUCCUGUGCAAGAAGAACGGCAGAUGCAUCCGCAAGAACAGCGACUCCUCUGCCUACCUCCAUUUGUCUCCCACUGAUUUUAAGAUCCACGACCGUCACUCAGAGAGGGGCCCCAGGUUCCAGGUGACUGGUAAACCCAGCCUGGAGAGUAUUGAAGCUAUGAAGCAGAGGUUUAUUUGUCAGUGUUACCAGGGCUGGACAGGAAUAUUUUGUGAAUUGCCUGACCAAAGGCUAUUGGAACACUGGGUUCGUGUGGUGUUUAGCAGAUCGAGAAAACAAAGUCUUUUUAUCUUCCUCUUAGGAGCCAUGCAGCUUCUUCUGCUUUGUUCUGCACAUUAAGGUCUUCUAAGGCAGUGCAAGGGAAUAAAAAUGGCGCCUCUAAGAGUCCUGUUUCUUAAAAAAAAUAUUGUAAAGGGAAAAGGCAUUCUUGAUUAAAUGAUUUUAUUCUGUUUUAGUAAUUUUCUACUCCUGGAACUUUUUUAGACAUUAAAAUUUUUGAAAGCAUUUUUUUACAUGCUCCUUUACACCUACCUUGUGUUUCACUCAUGUGUUUGACAGAUAAAAAUUCUGUUGUUGCAGUGGAAAUUUUACCUGAGCAAAAAAGUUGAAUGAACUUGUACAAUGAUUCAGCCAUGUAGAAGAUUAAAAGAAGAACACAGAACCUCUUUGUUUGAGGGUGGGUGAUUUAACAUGGUGAUGAGGAGAGUGUUGUGGACGAGGGAUUGGGAACUGUUCUCUGCACUCUUGCUGAAUUCAAGUGGUACAUUGUGUGAGCAGCUGCACUGUGCCCAGAGCCACAUCCAUUGAUUCUACUGCUUCUGAAUAAGCAAUGUGAAGAGCAUAGAGUUAGACAUCAGCACACACUUUUAAAAAUUUAUAUUUCAGUAUUCUGAGGCCUAAUUUGAUUUGUGUUACUUCCAGAGGUAUCGGUAUUUCCAGUGCUAGUGUUCUGCCAUCAGUUUAAAAGACUCUGUCUGACUGAACAUCUCUGGAAUUGCUUUUAGGUGAGGGGUUCUGGGCUCUGAGAGCAGCGCUGGCAGCUGGCACCCAGCAGCGCUUCUGCCUGGGCAGGGAGUAGGGAAGCACUUCUUUGCUCACCCCAACCCCUUGGG